AUGACCAUCAUUAUACUUUACAUAACGCUAAAUAAAAGUAUACAUAUUGUAACCCACACACCAAAACAAACGCCUUUAAGCGCUUACCCUAAUAAAUACCCACAUGAAUUCUCCACAUUAGAAUGCCCCGCAGCGUGUCGCAUCUAUAGAGCCGUAAUCUCAUUUUCUUGCACCGAUAGAGUUCAAAAGCAAAACAAAUCGUGGACAGCAGAGCGCGUGCGCCAGUCUGACACACGCAAGCGCCUCGCAGCAAUGCCGCACGUCAGUCGCGCGCUGGCCUUUGCCGCGUCCGAGGUAUCUCGUUCCUAU